CCCGUCAGGUUCGUCUCUCUGUCUCUGCUUUUCCGGUGUAGGCAUAUAGUCGCUCUAACCUUGUUGUCCACGAAUUCACCAGAUCUACACGAACGCGACGGUGGCUGCUGGCCUUGUCGAGGACGGCCGCACCAUUCUUGGCGGCCUGAACGAAAUUCUCGCCGAGCUUCUGGAGCAGAGCCUGCACAAGAAGGACGAGUAAAGCGCUUCUCCGAGUAUGUAGGGAGCAGCAGUGCAGCUAUACAUCUUCUGCCGGCAUGCUGGCCUGUAGACGACAUGAAUGCAAUAGACAUGGGCCAGCUUUGACUUGUAGACCGCUUCGUAUCGCAUCUGGUCACUAUUCCAAGGGUCCGAUCCAUACAAGUUAUCGCGUGUUGCAAUCCUGAGGUUCACAAAAAGGGAGGCAUAUUCUCGCCAUUCAUCUUUUUUUACGGACUCCACUCGGACAGUCAGCAGAAUGGUGUUCGCCUUCCGCUCCGCCGCCGCGCGACUGACGCCGGGCCUCGCCGUGUUCAUGGGCGGCGCCACGCUGGGCAUGACGCACUCGAGCGUGGCCCGCGCCGAGGACAAGCGCGACCUGCGCGACCUCGAGUUCGGCGUGCCGCACGACCGCAAGCGCGUGGACCCGUUCUCGCCCUUCUUCCCGUCGGACAAGCACCCGUGCACGCACGCGGGCAUGUUCAUCCCCGGCUGCCACGAGCUCAAGAUCUUCUCGGGCUCGUCGCACUUCGAGCUGGCCGACGACAUCGCGCGUCGCUUGGGCACGCGCGUGGGCAAGAUCAAGCUGGGCCGCUUCGCCGACGGAGAGGUGCAAGUGCAGGUGGGCGAGAGCGUGCGCGGCAAGGACGUGUACCUGGUGCAGAGUCUGGCGAGCCCCGUGAACGACAACAUCAUCGAGCUGCUGCUCAUGGUCAGCACCAUGCGUCGUGCCAGCGCCAAGAAGGUGACGGUCGUGCUGCCGUACUACGCGUACAAGCACCACCGCCGUGCCAACCCGGCGGCCACCAGUCUGAACUCCAAGUUCAUCCAGAGCCCCGCCGCUGACAUCGCCAAGAUGCUGGAGGUCAUGGGUGUGGACCGCGUCAUCGCUGUCGAUCUGCAGAUGCGCGUGGAGGGCCACGAGGCGUGCUUCUUCAGCUCGGACAUCCCCGUGGAGACCAUUGAGACCAUCAUGGCUGGCGUUGAGUACUUCGCCACGCAAGUGUACCUCCGCCGCCCGCUUGUGGUGAUGGCGCCCAACCCGGAGUGCCUGCGUCGCGCUCGUGUCUUCCAGACGGGCUUGAACAAGUGGCUGCCGGACUCGCCCGCGCAGUUUGCGAUGUUCUUCCACGGCACGGGCAAGAAGGAGACGGGCGACCACACCCCGGCUGACAUCGUGGGCGACGUCAAGGGCGCCGACGUGAUUGUUGUGGACGACCUAAUCGACACGAGCGAGACGCUGUCCAAGCUCACGAACCUCGCGCUGAGCAAGGGCGCCCGCAAGGUGUACUGCUUCGCCUCGCACCCGCUGCUGAACGGCGACGCCGAGCGCUUGAUCGACGAGUCGAACGUGUCGCAGGUGGUUGUCAUGGACACUAUCCCUGCCGACCCCAAGGCGUUCCACACUGACAAGCUCAAGCGUUUGUCGGUCGCGCCCAUGCUCGCGGAGCUCAUCCAGGCCGAGCACUUCAAGGCUCACUCGUACAUCGACAAGGUGAACUCUCGCGAGGACUUCAAGUACGUGCACCACUAUUAAAAAUCUGUACGCGAAUGAAUGACGGAGGUGAGUGAGUCAAAGAAGAGGAGGAGGAGGAGGAUAGUUAGCUGGGAAGGAAGAAGACGACAGCCGAUCUGACGGUUCAGGUUGGCGGGUGUUUGAAGCUCGUCAAUGCAUAAUAGCAUACUCAUGCACACGCACAUUAUGUCGAUUUUUCAAAUUACUCUUCACUGGACGACUGCUUGCUCUUCGCGCUACUCCUCUUCCUCCGCUUCUUGGGCGAGUCCGGCGACGCCAGCGCCUUGAUCGCCAAGCAAAUCUGCUUGAACUCGUCGCUCUUCUGAAUAGCGACGACCUGGUCAGCGAUGGUCUGACCCCAGGCUCGAACGAAGGAGGCUAGCGCACUCUCGGCCGCUUCUUGGGCCUCCUGCAGCUUGCGAUCCACGUACGGCUCCUGCUCCUUCAGGAAGGGGCACAGCAGCUUGUCGUACACGAUGGUCGCUCCCUGUUGGUUAGCGGCACCACUCCGUUAAUAAACCCGCUGCAACACUCCACGGAGCUGCAUGCAUAAUGCGACCUACCUUCGUCUGCGGCGCCAUCAUCCAGAUGAGGAAGAGCGUUUUAGUGAUGCUAUAUCCGGGCACCAGGAACAGGAGCGGCGACGCUACCGACUCGACGGACGUCGCGGCGCCGUAGACAGCCCAGUACGUGAGCCACUGCUUCUCGUCGUGGCCGCUCUGAGGCCGCUCCAGCGCCUUGAAGCUCGCGUACGCAGGGUAGGCGACGCCCACGCCCAGGCACAGGCAGCGCGAGAACGUCGCGCCCAUACUUAGUCCCUACUUCGACGGACGCAAAGACAAGAUUGAUGGCCCAGCCAUAAUAGCAACCCUAAUGUUGCGCUUAAGUUGCCCAGAGUCAGACAGCUACUUCAACUUGCCAGCUGGUGCGGUCACCGCUCCUCGAGCACAAAUGGCUGCGACGGGGAGCUCGGGUGGAUGUGGAUGCCCCUGACAGAGAACGGCACGCUGAAGUUGCCGCUGCCGGCGCCCAUGGAGAUGUGGCCGUGCUGGAUGUCGAACGCCAGCUGGUCGUGCAGGUAGAGCCCCACCACCUCCAUGCACGUGUCGAAGUCGUGCACAGCCGUGUCCAGCACGAUGCUGUUCUCCUCGUGCGACAGCCACGACACGUGCUUGGAGUCCUUGACGUGGAACAGGAACUUGGGCUUGGGGCUGUCGUGGGCCGCGUCCUUCUCGUACAGGAGGUCGAGCUCGAUGUCGUAUAGGUCGAAGUGAAUGGGCAGCGGGUUGUUGAUCUUGAUGGACACCUUGAGCUCCAGCAGGCAUUUGUGCGUCUUGGAAUCCAGCUCCUUGAGUGCUGGGUUGAUCGAGUACUCGCGGAGCAGCGCCGGCUUGUUGUCGAUCUUGGCGGGGACGUUCAGCUUGACGUCGACGAGAUCGAGCACUUGUAGUGAGUAGCACGUGGUGACGCGAUUGCUGCCACCGACGUGCAGCACGAGGUCGUCGCCUUCCAGAUACGACUGCAGCAUCGAUUGCAGCGGCUCAGACUGGUUCUUGAACACUUCUGUGUAUGCAGAGAUGAAAGUCUGGCCGCUGCCGAGGAGGAACCGCUUCAAGCCUGCAACAAGAAUGGGCUCUCGCUCAGCAGAGCGGACUUCUACCGACAGGGACGGGAUGUUCCACAGCACUCGCGAGGCGUACUCAAAGGAAACAUCCGUAAAGGCGAAGAUUUCUCGGUCGUCUUGUUCCGUAUGAAAAUGCGAGAGCGCAAUGGUCUUGAGCACCUGAGUCACAACAUGCUGUAGCUCGGUCUUGAUCCCGUUCACGACACCGGAACCCCAGGCAUCGCCUCUAACAAGCGGUGGGUCUAGCGCAUACCUCCACUUUGGCGGGAUAACCGCACUAGCUGGAGGCCGUGGGGUCUCCCUGAGUAGGUUGGAGACAUCCAAGUAAACCGUGAAGGGGACCAGCAUGCACGAAAUCAGCACCGGCACUUCUCCGUGGACGUCAAUAUUUCCUCCAUCAGCGAACACCAGACUAUACAGCACGUCCGGCGACGUCAGCAUCU